AUGCGUGCGUAUGCGUUGAGUGCUCGCAAGAGACGCACUCGGGCGAUCAUCACAUUCUUGCUCUCUGUAUCGCCAAGUAUCAUGGCACUGGUCCUUUCCCCCUGGAUCAGGUUUCAUCACGACCCAAACAACGGUGGAUGCAGCAUGGCUUACGAUGCCCCAGUGUUGCUCCAGGUCGUAGACCCUUCAGCUGUCGUCAGUAGCAGAGCGUUCUUGGUGCUGGCCGAUAUCAUCGUCGUCUGCAUCACUUGGUCCGCUACCUAUAUGCAUAGGCUCAAAAGUCAUGGCAAACCUCCGUCCAUCAGCGAUGUACUAUUCCGAGAUGGUAUGAAUUACGAUGCCACUCUUGCUCCUUUGAGUAAUGACCUUGCCCAAUUGAUACUGAACACUAUAUACCUUGUUUCUGUCUUAGUCCCGGCCGACGUCUUCGGUGCAAAAGAUCUCAACAGUAUAGCCUCGCUAUACAUCCAACCCGCAACCUCAAUACUCAUCACGCACUUCCUGCUUGACUUACAGCAAGCCAGUCGACGGACGAUGCACCUUCCCGCGAUGAAUGCCGGGAAUUGGGAGAACAUGAUGGGUUCAGUGGUCCUCGUCCCGGCCGACGUUGCAGAGGAUAGUGAAACAGACGUGGCUGAUGGACCUGGGCCAUAG